CUUACUAACGAUAGUUGUUAACUAUGGCUUCAAUUGCUUGGAUAAUUUUUGGCACAAUAUUAAUUAUUAAUUCUGUAACUUCUAUUGUACAAAACUAUGGUGGCAAUAGAAAAUGUCAUUGCGUUAACGUUGGAAAUAUUUGCAACUCAAAUUCACAAUUAUUUUGGAAUCAUUUCAAUCCGUACUCUCAAGACUUUUGCGAGGAAAAUGAAGUUCAAUACUGCAGUAUCCCAGACGGUCCAAUUAGCGAAACAUGCGGGAUAAAAAAAAUGACAGUGAUGAGCCAAAAGACUAUUGGACAGGCUCAAGUUGGUGAAUAUCCGUGGCAAGCUGCCAUUUUGAUGCGUAAUGAAGAUGGCGGUUAUACGUACAAAGGUGCUGGUGUUCUAAUUAAUAAGAAACAUGUUCUUACUGUUGCACAUAUAAUUGAGACCUGUGAUGUAAUUCGUCUUGGAGAAUGGGAUCUGUCAUCAAAUGAAGAACCAUGCAGCCAACAAGAUUACCAGGCAACAAAAAUUAUCAAGCACCCUUGGUCCAGUUCUACCUCGAUAGAAAACAAUAUUGCAAUGAUAAUAUUAGACAGGGAUGUUCCAUUGGCAGCGAGCCCGCAUAUCAACACCGCUUGCUUGCCUUCAUCAACUCCAUUAUUCGGAAGAUGCUGGGUUGCCGGGUGGGAUUGCAGACAGGAAUUGAUACCAGGAACUACCAAGAGAUUAAGAGAUAUCAAAAUUCCUAUUGUGAAUCGUGACGCCUGCCAGCAAUCAAUUCAAAAUAUUAUCGACAAUGGCGCUCCAUUAGUUUGCGAAUCAUCUCCAGGAAAAAUGGAAGUCGUAGGAUUGGUUACGCGUUCUACUGGAUGUCAAGCAAAUGUUCCAAGUCUUUUUGUUGAUGUCAGUAAAUUUACUUCUUGGAUUCAUCAACAAGUUUAUGAGAAUUUUUAA